UGUUAUUAAGCUUGGCUUCUAAUGAUAAUACCCUUCGUUCAAGUGCUGAGCAACAACUGAAUGAACAAUGGAUCGCGCAACAACCGGACUUACUGUUUCUUUCUUUAAUUCAGCUUGGAAGAUCUCACGAAGAAACACACGGCCGUUCUUUUGCUUUUGUGUUGCUUCGAAGAAUUGCAUUUAAGCAAGUACCAGGUCAAACAACAAAAACAGAAGAUUCUAUGAUAUGGGACCGUCUUCAAGAGCAAAGUAGACAAGCAAUCAAAAAUGAACUUUUAGUAUCACUUUCAGUCGAACAAGAAAACACUGUACGUUAUAAGGUGUGUGAUGCUGUUUCUGAAGUGGCCAAAAAUUCCUUCCUAAAAGGACAAAAGUGGGGUGAACUAUUACCAGCUCUAUUUGAAGCCAGUAAAUCUCCUUCUGCUGAACAUCGUGAAGCUGCUUUACGCAUAUUUUCUGCUGUGCCUAAUCUAAUCACUGACCAGCCCAUUGAAAUUGUGAAACAAGUGUUUUCCGCAAAUUUACAAGAUGCUAAUAAUGCGGCUAUUCGUAUGGCUUCUCUUAAAGCUGCUGUAGCAUUCAUGCUGGAAACAAAUCAACAAAGUCGUGCUUCUUUUUCAGAAUUGAUGCCACAGAUGCUUGAGGUCUUAUCUCCUCUUGUGGUACAACGAGAUGAAGAUGGUUUAGUUGAUGGAAUAAUGGUGUUUAUUGAAUUAGGUGAAAACUUACCACGUGUAUUUAGGCCGGUUCUACUUAAUGUUAUGCCUUUCGCUAUAAAUAUUAUGAAAGAUAAAACUUUUGAAGAUGGUACACGCCAAACUGCUCUUGAACUUCUACUUACUUUAUCAGAAGCCUCUCCAUCAAUGAUGCGUAAAACUCAAGACUUUUGUUCACAAGUUAUCCCUAUAUCCUUGGAGAUGAUGACUGAAUUAGAUGAUUGUGAAGAAUGGUACACAACCGAUGAUUUGGAAGAUGAUGACAAUGAUGAAAACUAUGUUAUAGGAGAACAUGCCAUGGAUCGAUUGGCUCGUAAUCUUGGUGGAAAAGCUGUACUUCCUAUUACUUUUAAUUAUAUUCCCUCCAUGUUGGGAUCAGAAAAAUGGGAACAACGUCAUGCUGCACUUAUGGCAAUAUCUGCCAUUGGGGAAGGUUGU